AUGAAGCGUGACUGGAUAGCCACGGGACGGCGACCGACCGGUCUCUGUGGCGCGGCACUGCUGCUCGCUGCACGAUGCUUCAAUUUCAAUCGUACAGUAGCGGAUGUGGUUCACGUUGUGCACAUAAGUGAAGCUGUGGUCCGAAAAAGGCUCGAUGAAUUCUCGCAAACGCCCUCCAGUGCACUGACCAUCGAUGAAUUCGCCACAAUUGAUUUGGAGCACUGUGAAGAUCCGCCAGCAUUUCGCGAAGCUCGUCGCAAGGCACGUGAACUGCAACUCCAGAAAGAGGAGGAAGCUUUGAAAGAAAUCGAAGCCGAGGUAUUUCUCUCAGUGCACUUGAAAUUACCGUCUUUACUAGCAUCUCCUUAA